AUGGCUGGACUUCAAAACAACGCCUACGCUGCCGUGUCGAUCACCUGGGGAGCGGCCCUCAUCGCAGUGAUCCUGAGGAUCUACGCGCGGCGACUAACCAAGCAGGCCUGGUGGUUUGACGAUUACUUUUGCAUCUCUGCAUUUGUGUUUGGUAGCGCGUACAACAGCAUCAUCGUCGUUUGGACUGUCGACUGGUAUCUCGGCCAGGAACUGGAUCCGACCCUCUCCGGUCAGCAGAGAGAGCACAUCCUCCUGUACAACAGGCUCCUCAUGCUGUGCACAGAGUACUGCUACGCCUUCUCCAUCGCGUCAUCCAAGUUCACCAUCCUGAGCCUCUACUGGCGCCUCUUCAAGCACUCCUCGAUCAGGCUGCCGAUCCAGAUCAUGCUGACGGCCUCUCUCGCCUGGAUCCUCCUCCGAAUAUUCAUGGUCUCGUUGCAGUGCAUCCCGCUCAAGUACUUUUGGGACAAGUCGGUCGAUGGGCGCUGCGGCAUUGACGAGUCGCAGUUCUUCUUUGGGACAGUUUUGACCCAUUUUGUCAUGGAUAUUAUCAUCCUGAUCUUGCCAGUUGUUGAGGUUGGGAAACUGCAUCUGCGACUUGGGCAGAAGCUGGCUGUCAUUUGCCUCUUCCUGAUCGGCUCUAUUGUGUGUCUUGCCUCGAUAUUCGUCCUCAUCGAGUCAAUAACCUAUGACGAAAAGACUACACAAAUGCCUCGCGACGUUGCCCUCAACUUCAUUUGGGGAGACGUCGAGGUCAACGUCGCCAUCGUCUCUUCUUGCUUCCCUCUCCUCCGUCCCGUCUUUCGCCGCAUUCUCCCCCAUUCCUUCCUCAGCUCCUACGGUAGCCGUCACCCCACCAGCCGAGCGACGCGUAGUCACCACAUCAAGCUGGCCGCGAUCCACACGAUACGGACGAACAAGGAGAAGGGAAUCGACGAGUCGAGUUCAACGCAUCAGCUGGGGGAUCUGGAGCAGGGGUAUGGGGCUGAGCCGAUCCAGACGGUUAUAUCUAGUCACCUGCGCAGCUCGCGGAGCUCCAGCAGUGGAGAAGGGGACAUGGAGGGGAUACAUGUGAGGAAUGAUAUGGUGGUGAAGGUAGAGCCGGCGUGUCACAUGAGAGGAUGA